AUGCUGCACAAGCUGCGGGCAAAGCUCCGUCGUGGUCGAGGAGACCAUAGCGAGGAGAAGGCCCCCACUGAGCGCCCUGAAGACCAUUCAACCCAGAAAAUUGAGCCGGCUGGGCAGGAAACUGCGAAAGAUGAUCAGGUUGCUUUCCCCAGUUCCGCGCUAUCUGCCAACCGCAAGCGAUGGUUACCGACGGAGAAAAGUCGCUCGUCUCUCGAGGUCACUAAGGAAGUCAUCACAGAGAAGGAAGGAAAAUAUACCGAGAAUCGCAAGAAAGGACUCUCCAUUCGAAAGCAAGAUGGAAACGAGGUCAAAGUCUGUGACAUGGCGCAAAACAUCCUCACUGCGGCGUUGAAUGUGAAGGAAGUCAUCACGACAAUUGUUUCUUUCGAUCCAACUGGUCAUGCUCGGAUCGGACACACACUCAUUCCACUUACCCAGCAGUCAUUUCAACGGCUCAAAGCUGCGGUGGAUUGA